AUGAAGUAUACUGUGACAUACAUUGCCAAGUUUGCACAAAAGCUUGAAACUCGGGGUGGUAGAAUUUUAGCGCUUGUCCCUGCUCAUAAUGCACCUUCUGACGAUAGUGAACCUUCCGAUAUUGAAGAUGAGAUACCUGAGCACGCUCCGCUUUCUAUGUCCAGUUCUUCUGCACCCUCAAUUGAAAGCUCCUUAGAAAGACUAAACCUUUUUAAUGAUGAACAAGAACCCACUAACGACAAUGUUCGCCUUACAUCCAUUUUCCAAACUGUUUAUUCGAGCCCAUCUCUAGAACCGAAUUGUAAUAAAGUACCAAUAUUGAGUGACAUCCCAUCAUUUCCCGCAACACCUGCGUCACCUGUAACUCCUGCUACUCCCACAAAUUCUGCAACAGCUUCACUUCUUGCACGCUCUGCAUCUUUUGGUUUGGAAACACCACGCAUGCCAGCGAAUGCCACCUCCACAUCACUUUUUUCCAGAACAACAAGAUCACAACGUUCUACUAUUAGAGGUAGUGUUGCUCAACGACCUAGACGAAUUCAAAAGUACACUCUGAGCUAUCGUUGGAAAAAAGCUGUGUUUCGUCAUUUGGCUACUAUGGAAGAGGAAUCGGAUUCUAUAGGCGACGCCACUAUCCAAACCCCCCUGGAAUAUUUCUAUAAGUUUUUUUCUCCUGACAUUUUGACACACAUUCUGGAACAAUCAAAUGCUUAUGCAGUAUCUAAAACUGGACGUACACUAGGUUUGACUGAAGACGAAUUACGAGACUUCAUAGCUAUACAUAUCAUAAUGGGUGUGGUGAGCAUGCCAUCUUACACUGAUUAUUGGAGUUUGCGAUACAGGUACAAACUAGUGGCUGAUCUGAUGCCACUAAAACGCUAUCAACAGAUACGUCGCUAUUUACAUUUCGUUGACAACAAUAUCGAAGAUUCUGAUAGAUAUUAUAAAAUUAGGCCGUUGGUGCAAAAAAUAAGAGAAAAUUGUUUAGCUCAAGAAAAUGAGAGGAGGUUUAGUAUUGAUGAGAUGAUGAUCCCAUAUAAAGGGACAAAAGCGGGCAAGCGUCGUCAAUACAUGAAAGACAAACCAAAUAAGUGGGGAUUUAAAAACUAUGUACGCGCUGGAGUGUCUGGCAUGAUCUAUGAUUUCAUCUUGUAUGGAGGAGAGGAUACAUUUAGAUUCCAUACUUUUAGCGAACAAGAAGCCUCUAUCGGAUUUGGAGCGCAAGUGGUGAUCGCUUUGUGCAAAACUAUAAAAUCUAAACCAGCUUUUGUAUUCUGUGACAACUUUUUUAGCUGCCCAGAGUUAUUUUACAUACUUAGAGAAGAGUAUGGGAUCUUUGGACUGGGAACCAUCAGAAACAACAGGUUGCGAGGUGCAGAAGCAAGUCUGCCUUCAGAAAAAGAAAUGAAGAAGAAACCCCGGGGUAGUCAUGCUCAAGCCACUUGCAACAAAAACCGCCUGGCCGUAGUACGUUGGCAUGAUAACAAAGCAGUGACAUUGAUAAGUUCCUAUGUAGGCGUUGAACCAGUAGGUACAAUAAAAAGGUACUGCAAGGACUCUAAAACUAAAGUUGACGUUCAAUGUCCGCAAAUAGUGAAGGAGUACAACAAGCACAUGGGAGGGGUUGACUUGGCCGAUAUGCUUAUAUCUUUAUAUAGAACACCGUUCAAGACAAGGAGAUGGUAUAUUGGCAUAUUUGCCCAACUCCUGGAUAUAUGCAUAAAUAACGCAUGGCUUCUCCACAGAAAGGAUUCAAAGUCAAAAUCUAUGCCUCUGAAGGACUUUAGAUUCGAGUUGUACGAGGGUCUAACAAAAUACCAACGUUCCGAAAAUGGUAUCAAAGGCACGAAAAAACGAGUGCCACAAGCUAGUCCUGCGGAAACAUCACGGUAUGAUAACAUUUUUGGUUCCCCUGGUGUGGCCUUUAUGCGUCGCCGUGUGGGUGAAGAAUUUAAGCCAGAGUGUGUGUUCCCAACCGUUAAACACGGUGGCGACAGCAUAAUGAUCUGGGGGUAG